AUGGGCUUCAGUGCCUUAUGGAGGAACAAUAACAACUUGCCCCCAUCUCCAGGAUGGGCAAUUCCACUUGUUGGCCACCUCUAUCUCGUUGGGAUGCAAGCACACAGAUCUUUGCAAGCACUCUCGCAAAAGUGUGGACCAAUAAUGUAUUUGAAGCUGGGAUUAGUGCCAAGCAUCAUUGUCUCCAGUCCAGAGAUGGCAAAAGAAGCGCUCAAGGACAAUGGCUUGGCCUUUGCUUCGAGGCCAUAUCUUUUUAUCAAUGAGCUUGUAGGCUACAACUCUGUGGGAAUUGGAAUACGCUAUGGCGAGCAUACGAAGCUGCUGCGAAAGAUUUGCACUGUGGAGUUCCUCACAACCCAGAGAAUAGAUUCUUUUUCUUGGGUGAGAUCGGAAGAAUUGUCCAGAGCCUUUGCGUUUUGCUAA